UUUGUCUUCUCCCUUCUCAAACUUUCCGGGAAAAUCAAACUUUUCUCUCCGGCGACCCUCAAUCCUCUAAAUUUGAUUUUCUCUGGAAACCGCAAGGGAAUCUCCCGAAUUGGCAAACCCUAAUUCCCAAAACCCCAUGAUCUGUAGAUGGAUUGCAUUCAAUCCAAACAAAUUGUCCCGCGCGCUCUCUCCAUUCUCUUCCCUCUUCUCCACUAAACCCUCCUCCUCCGUCGCGGCGAGACUCGACGAAGAGCCGCUUCUCUCUGAUCAGAGAGAAGAUCACUACCGUGGGGAGAUUCUCUAUGGGAUGAGGAAGAUCGGGUUCCGCGAGUAUCUCCACGGGCGUGACUUCCGAGGCUUGCUCUCGGGUUUGAAGCAGGUCCACGUCGAAGAGAUCAUGUGCGAACUGAUGGGCGAAAGCUCGGAUCUUUCGGUUUGGUUUUUCAGAGAGCUGAAAGAUGUUUACGGGUUUCGACACUCGAGGCUCUCCUCGUUGUUGGUUUCGCAUGUUCUAGCUGGUCAGAGACGUUUCAGAGAGCUUCAAGUGGUUCUGGAACAGCUCCUCCAAGAAGAAGGCUCUGGUUCAGCAUCUUUACUCUGUGAGCUUCUCUCUAAUAACUUCGUAAAGUGGGAUUCUACGAAUAUAGUUUGGGAUAUGUUGCUGUUUCUCUCAUCGAGGUCUAACAUGGUUGAUGAUUCACUUUAUAUCCUGGAGAGGAUGAGGGAUCUGAACUUGAGCGUGUCUACACAAGCGUACAACUCAAUCUUGUAUAACUUCAGAGAAACAGAUAAGAUGUGGGACGUGUACAAGGGAAUCGAGUUUAAGAACGAACACACGUACUCCACAGUUGUAGAUGGAUUGUGCAGGCAACAGAAGCUAGAAGAUGCAGUUUCUUUCCUCAGGGAUUCCGAGUGGAAGGACGUUGGCCCCUCUGUAGUUUCUUUCAAUAGUAUAAUGUCAGGUUACUGUAAAUUGGGUUUUGUAGAUACGGCCAAGUCUUUCCUCUGUACAGUUUUGAAAUGUGGAUUGGUUCCUAGUGUGUAUAGCCACAACAUACUCAUCAACGGCCUCUGUCUAGCUGGUUCCAUCGGAGAAGCUUUGGAACUGGCUGGUGAUAUGAGUAUCAAGCAUGGAGUGGAGCCUGAUACUGUGACGUAUAAUAUCCUUGCGAAAGGGUUUCAUCUCCUCGGUAUGAUCAAAUGGGUUUGGGAGGUCAUUCAACAGAUGCUGGAUAAAGGUUUGACUCCUGAUGUUAUUACAUAUACUAUAUUACUGUGUGGUCAUUGCCAGUUGGGGAACAUCGACAAGGGUUUAAGACUGCUGAAGGAUAUGUUAUCAAGUGGGAUUGAGUUGAACAGUGUCAUCCCCUGCAGUGUAAUGCUCAGUGGUUUAUGUAAAACAGGACGAGUCGAAGAAGCUUUCUCCUUGUUCUAUAGAAUGAAAGACAAUGGUGUAAGACCUGAUAUCGUGGCGUAUUCUAUCGUGAUUCAUGGCCUCUGCAGAUUAGGAGAGCUUGAUAUGGCUAUUUGGCUCUACGACGAGAUGUGUUCCAAAAGAAUACUUCCAAAUUCUAGGACACACGGUGCUAUGCUGCUUGGUUUGUGUCGGAAAGGGAUGCUGCUCGAGGCGAGGGCGCUUCUCAACUCUCUGAUCUCAAGCGGCUGCGAGCUUGAUGUUAUUCUGUACAAUAUCGUAAUCGACGGUUACGCAAAGUCUGGUUGCGUAGAGGAGGCGUUGGAGUUGUUCAGGGGAGUGAUUGAGAGUGGGAUUACUCCUAACGUUGCAACUUUCAAUUCUUUGAUUUAUGGUUAUUGCAAGACUCGGAACAUAGCUGAGGCAAGAAAAGUAUUGGAUGCCAUCAAGUUAUAUGGAUUGGUUCCAACCGCUGUGAGCUAUACAACUCUGAUGAACGCGUAUGCUGACGUUGGAGAUACUGAGAGUGUUGACGAGCUGCGCCGAGAGAUGAAAGCAAAAGGAGUCCCACCAACCAACUUCACGUACUCUGUGAUUAUCAAGGGACUUUGCAUAGGGCGGAAACUCGAGAAAUACAACCAGGUACUGUUGGACAUGGCUUCUGAAGGUAUAGCUCCAGAUCAGAUCACUUACAAUACAGUUAUUCAGCAUCUGUGCAGGGUGAAAGAUUUGUUCAGAGCGUUUGAGUUGUUUGAAGAAAUGAAAUCUCGAAACCUUGAGCCUACGCCUGCCACUUAUGACAUUCUAAUCAACGGCCUCUGUUUCUACGGUUACUUAAAGGAUGCUGAAAGGUUUCUCUGUUCGCUUCAGGAGAGGGAUGUUAGUUUGUCAAAAUUUGCUUAUACCACACUGAUCAAGGCGCAUUGUGUAAAAGGUGAUCCUGAAAUGGCGGUGAAGCUGUUUUGUCAGGUGUUAGAUAGAGGAUUCGAUGUUUCUAUCAGGGAUUACAGUGCGGUGAUCAAUCGUCUGUGUAGGAGAGAAUUGGCGAAGGAGGCUAAGUUCUUCUUCCGUCUAAUGUUAUCCAGGGGUGUUUCGCCUGACUUAGAUAUCUGCAGAGUGAUGAUUAAGUCAUCAGAUGUGCUUGCUUGGACUAUUAAAGCGGGCUUGUAGCCUUAAAAGUCUAUUGUUGUCCCAUCUUAUUUGCUUGCUGGAGAAGUCGCACUUUCAGUAGAGAAACUGUCACAUGAAGAGGUAAACUUUCAUUAGCUUUGUUAACAGAGCUAUUGGAUGGUACCAUCGGGCACCAAUUGUAUCAUAUGAGCUUCUUUUCAAGAAUCGCUGAUACUUAUGUCUUCGACUUUUGAAAACGUACCGUGCUAAGCAGCUUCUCAGCUCCCACAAACAACACAGAGCGUCAUUGGUGUUUUUGCUUAUGGAGACUAAAGCUGUAUACUGUCUUGUUCAAGUUCUUCUGAAGGUAAACUCAGUGGUUCUUGAGCUUUCCCUACUUCUUUACCAAAUCUGCAAUGUGACUAUAGUAUGCUUGGAAUUGUAAAUUAAACUGUUGAUGAAAAAGUGUUCAAAUUGGAAAAAGGGUUUAUAUAACUAACCAAGCUUCAUAUGUUAGGCCUAUUCUUGACUGUGACAUCUUGUAAGGUUGUUGUUCUUGCUUAUGUAAGAACAUCUUGUAAAUGUUUGAUUCUUUUUUUUUGUGUAAAAAUUCCCAUCA